CACUCGUGUGAAGGGCAGGCAGCAACCCCCGUGUAAGAAGAGCACUCGUGAAGGUUGAGGGGAGGCACUCGAUCAGCCAGCUCGCGGAGAUUUCAAGGAGCACACACUCACUCGUUCCAUGACCAUCGUCGUGAGUGCCAUGAGUGAAGCAAGUGACAACGACGCACCCUCGCCCAACCCCAGUUCCCCGGCCGGCUCCGAGAGCCGCCACAGGAGACAAGACUCGGAGGACUCGAACUGCUCCAUCGAGGUGGACGUCAAAUCGGACGUGAGCGACAACCAGCGACCUGUCGACCUCAAGGCCUCCGUCGGGCCACCCCAGCCCCUAACCGAAGAGGCCAGGCUCUCCGAAUACUACAGCAACAUGUUAAUGAGGCAGCCGCCCGAUUUCCGUCUCGCGUUCGCCAUGGUGGCCCAAUAUCCGCAGCUGAUGUCUCCUCAUUGGUACCACCUAAUGCCGGGCUUUAUUCGACCGCCGCCACAAGUCAUUCCGUCGCCCAGCAAGAGGGCAAAAACUGCCUCCAAGACAGGUCGAUUCCUGGAUGGGUCAGGAAAAAUUAUCUCCGGCCGACCUACUGCAUUCCACAUCAGUGACAUUCUUGAGUUGCACGACCCUGCGACAGGCACACCCAAGCCAGGUGACCUGCCCGACCACGUUUCAACCCUACCUCCGCAAGGCUCUCUCACUGCUCCCGAUUUCCAUGGUUUGCCCAAUUACGGACCUCACUUGUACGGCCUCCUCGGAAGCGAGUCUUUCCACGGCCCUGGCCGCUGGCCGCACCCUCACACAAUGGCCACAGAUUCCCACCACCACCCACCUGGUCUUUGCAGGCCAGGGCUGGUUCCCGCCUCCCCGAAGCAACCGAGUCCGGACACAACCUCUCCAGUCGGCAGCAGAAGCGGCGGCGCCCCGUUCGACGGCUACCCCGGUGGACCCUUUGAUCCCGCCGCGUCCCCCUCGUCGGGGGCCAUGCCUCCCAGUUCGUCCCCCACUAACUCGCCGCGGAGUCCGAGGCCGACCGUGGACGCGUCGCGGCUCAACGGCGGCGUGAUGGGAACGUCAACGCCGCACGACCUCAGCCGCACCGACGAUGACGGUGAGGGCGACUGCAUCGAGGAGGACAUGGACUCGGAGGAGGAGACAUCGAGGAACAAUAGCUCGGACCAGCAGCAGCCACCGCAGAAGAAGCGGAAGCGACGUGUUCUCUUUUCCAAAGCACAGACCUACGAGCUUGAAAGGCGAUUCCGCCAACAACGGUACCUGUCCGCGCCCGAAAGGGAGCACCUGGCCAGCAUCAUCAGACUCACACCUACCCAAGUCAAGAUCUGGUUCCAGAAUCACAGAUAUAAGACAAAGCGAGCGCAGCUGGAGAAGGGAAUGCAGGAAGCGUCUGCCACAAGCACAUUACCCUCCCCUCGUAGGGUAGCCGUGCCUGUGCUGGUCAGGGACGGAAAGCCGUGCAGCGGCGGUGGCAAGAGCCAAGCUGAGAUGUGCCUGCCAGGUCUGAUGAACGUCAACAUGGACAUCAGUGCCCUGCAGUUGCCCCCGGUCACCCUUGCGGCCUCCCUGGCCAACAGCAACUGCGUAGGUUCUAGCAUGGGUGUGGUGCCGCCCACCUACACUCACACAUUUAUGCAACAAAUGCAACAGGCACGAUGGUGGUAGCACACACGAAAACCCUGCCCUGAAAAGAACCGGUCCUUUCUGCCGAAUUCAUCCUGCCGUUGAAUUUUGUAGAGCUGAAAGGGCCAAUUUUCCCCCACCUAGUCGUCCUAUACCGAGAGUCAGUUCCUGCCCCCUAUUAUCCUUGCUAGUACAAGAGUGCUGUCAAAUGCGUAAAGUGGGUGUCACAUGUGAAAAAUCAGACAAAAAACUAAAACAAAAUAAUAAUCAUUUUUCACCAUGGAAAAUUUUCAUAAAUGCAGCCUUCGAAAUUUAAGCGCUUAUUUACAGGUUAAAUAUAAACAAGCUUAUGUUUCGUUUACUACAAGGGGUGUACCGAGACUAUCAUGCCGCUGGGUGCCGGUAUUUUUUUGUUAAAUACUGUUUUGCUGCCCAUGCAGGCAAUCUCAGAUGGUAAAACUUUCCUCGCUUUGCGGGCAAAAAGCAUUUGGUCGUUUUUAUAUCCGGUCACGGACCUAAAUUAUUGCUCUCGUUAAGUUAUAAUAAAUUACUGACCCGCCGCUAUAACUGCUCAACUUCUGCCAUUCCGCCGAUUAUCCCAUAAUCGGCGGUGGAAAUUGAGCAAUCGCUUCUGCGAGGGGAAAGUUUGUCCAUUUCUCUCGGGCACCAUUAACCCACUUUGCAUGAAGGCAAUUUUGUUUAGCAGGAGUUUAUUACUUAUAACCAGAUCUCAAAUCUUGUAUCGCUAAAUUUGGAAGAAACUUGAAAAUUCGCAAUGUACCAAAUGAAUCUUAAUUUCAGUUGCUUAAAGUGAAAAAUGAGAGUGACUGGCUCUGUUGAUGAAAAGUGGCCAGUCGACAUUGAAAUCUUCAAAUCUGUGGAGAAACUCGCGACUUCUAUUUAAAUGUGUUAAAUUAUUUACUGUGGAUUUAACUUAAUUACUUUGAUUGCUAAUCCAAUCUAUGAUUUUUUUGUCUAUAUUAAUAAACAACUGUUGAUAAUAAGCCGCGUCUCGAUGAAAUUAACUAAAGCAUCUCUAGAAAAUCUGAAUAUUGUCAUCGGCUGGCCACUUUGAAUGAGGAAAGAAAUACAAGUGUUCAUUUUAGAAUUUCAUCAACGGCAAUUUUUUAAGAAUUUCAUUUCAAAGGAUUCCUUAUAACAAGAAACUUGAAUAAAAUAUUUAUAAUAUUUAGGCAAUUUCAUCUACAAAUAACGAAUUUUGGUCAUCAGUAAGUAUAUACCGAGAGUUAAAGUGCAAGAAUCGGAUAACGUGUAUAGGAAAAAUAACAAAUUAAUAUGCGCACACAAAAUAAGGAUUCCUUAAUAAUUGUGAAUGUAGUGUUAAAAUACGCAACUCUGAGAGUGUAAAAAGGAUAAUAUUGAUUCAUUUCCUUUACUGUGAUGGGGAUGUGUUUCAUCAAAAUGUGUACGGGCGCCACUGAAAUAAUAAGUAAGGAAAAACAAUAAAAAAUAUCUAUUGAAA